UCUCGUUAUGGCGUCUCACCAAUCCUGAAUGGGGUGUUAGGUGCCCCGUGCAUUGGAAUUUACCCGUUUUGAGCUGCGGCAUUCUUAUUUGGAAUAUUCCCGUAAAACAUUUCAAUGUAAAUGGAGGCAGAAGAGAGUCCGGCGGGGGCGGUACGGAGUACCGGUCCGGACCGAAGGAAACAAGGUGGUGUCGAAGAUAGCGGGUCUUGUAAUGGUGUUCUGCCGGGCACCGAGCUUAUCGAAACGGGAUCAAAUCAAGCGGCGGGUCGUGGCGACCACAGCGGACCGGGCAGCCGUGGUGCAACAGGAAUACGGGUUUUAAAGCGCAACAUGAAGAGGAACGGGAGCCGGGGGUGUGUGACCAGGAAGACCCGUUUUGGGUCCCGGGAGCGGGACUGGCUGAAGGGGGACGCCCAGCGGGGGUGCGUGUGCCUCUACGGGGCAGCAGAACCCCAGCCCCCCUCCUCUGGUCCCCAGACCUCCUCUACCUCACAGCCCGACCUGCGGCUGGUGCUCUGCUCCACCAGCACCACGGUGGAGGAGCUGUGUGCACAGGGGGACAGCCAGGGCCUGUAUGUGCAGCUGCACGGAGACCUGCUCAGGAGGCUGGACCCCUCUGAGCGCCCUCUCCAGAUGGUGUAUGACUACCUGACGGCCAUGGGCUACGAAGACCCGCUGAGGAUCCAGAAGGAGGCAGCCAACUCGGACCUCAGCUGCAUCAUCCGAUUCUACAGUGAGAAGCCCCUGAACGCGGACCAGCUGGAGCGCACGGUCCUGAAGGGCGUGUUCAGCGUGAGAAAGGGCAAGACGCAGCUGCACAAGUGGGCGGAGCGGCAGGUGAUCCUGUGCGGCACCUGCCUGAUCGUGGCCUCCGUCAAGGACAGCCUCACGGGGAAGAUGCACAUCCUGCCGCUGGUGGGGGGAAAGGUGGAGGAGGUGAAGAGAAGGCAGCACUGUCUCAUGUUCAGCUCGGCCGGCCCCCAGGCUCAGACCUACUACGUGAACUUUGACACGCUAGCAGACUACCAGAGGUGGCAUCGGCAGGCUUCAAAGGUGGUCUCUCAGACCGUCAGCUUGGUGGACCUCUCCUGCUACAGCCUGGAAGAGGUGCCUGAAUGUCUCUUCUACAGCCAGGACGUCACCCACCUCAACCUACGCCACAACUUCAUGAGGCUGGAGGGGGCUGGGGGCCUGCGAAACCUGAACAGGUUUUCACAGCUGAAGAGCUUGAACCUUUCCCACAACCGCCUGGGAUCUUUCCCAGAGUCCAUAUGCGAGAUCCUCACCUUGACUGAGCUCAACCUCUCCUGUAAUGGCAUCCACUCGGUCCCCAGCCAGAUCGCCAACCUGCAGAGUCUGCAGACUCUGUCUCUGGAUGGGAAUCACUUGAGCUCAUUGCCCGAGGAGCUGGGCGGCCUAGCGCAGCUCAGCAGCCUGGGGCUUUCCUUCAACGACCUCCCCCACAUCCCCACUGUGCUGGACAGGCUGAGCGGCGUGGACAGGCUGGCCAUGGCCGGGAACAAGGUGGAGACCCUGGAGCUGGGGAUCCUCGGGCGGAUGACGCACCUAAAGAACAUCGACCUGCGGUUGAACGGGCUGCGCUGGGUGCACAGCGAGGGACUGGAGGCGGUGAAGCAGGUGACGCACCUGGACCUGAGGGACAACCGCCUCGCCUCGCUGGACCUCAGCUCCGCCUGCAGUCUGGAGACGCUGCACUGCGAACGCAACCGCCUGGGGGUGCUGACGCUGAGUGGCUUCACCCUGCGCACGCUCUACGCCAGCAGCAACCGACUGACCACAGUGAAUAUCUACCCGGUCCCAAACCAGCUGACGCACAUGGACUUAUCAAGGAACCUGCUGGAGUACUUACCGGACUGGGUGUGCGACACUCGGAAGAUCGAGGUGCUGGAAGUCACUCACAACCUCCUGUCCGAGCUGCCGGGAAGACUGUUCAGCAGCCUGAGUCUGAGGAAGCUGCUGGCGGGGAACAACAGACUGCAGAGACUGCCUGACCUACUUGACCACAUCCCCCUGGAAGCACUCGACCUCCAGCACAACAAGCUAUGCGAGCUCCCGGAGAGCCUCUUCUGCAAGGCCUUAAACCUGAGGUACCUGAACGUGUCUGCCAACUCCCUGGAGAGCAUCCCCUCCAGCAGCCAAUCAGAGGAGAGCCUCAGCACCCUCCAGGAGCUCUACCUCACUGGCAAUAACCUGAGUGAGCACUGCGCCGCCCUGCUGGUGGGACACCAGAACCUGCGCGUGUUGCACAUGGCCUACAACCAACUACAGUCCUUCCCUGCCAGUAAACUGAGCAAACUGGAGCUUCUGGAGGAGCUGAACCUGAGCGGGAACAAGCUGAAGGCCAUCCCUUCCACAGUGUCCAGCUGUAAGAGACUGCACACCCUCACCGCACACUCCAACCACAUCAGCGUCUUCCCCGAGGUCCUCAACUUGCCCGAGAUCAAGCUGGUUGACCUGAGCUGCAAUGAGCUGACGGAGAUCUUGCUGCCAGACUCUCUGCCCCCCACCCUGCAGGAGCUGGACCUGACAGGAAACAGCAGCCUCAUGCUGGAGCACAAAACCCUCAACCUUUUCAGUCACAUAACCACUCUGAAGCUGGACCAGAAGCCAGCCGUGACCGCCACUGGAGACUCACUGGGCUCCUCCACCCUCUGGAACCAUGGCUAUACCGAAAUGAGCGGUCAGAGGAACAAGCUGUGUGUGUCAGUGUUAGCUGUGGACCACUUUGGCGACAGCAUGGAGGCUGCUUAUGGCAUCUUCGACGGGGACCGCAAUGAGGAAGUGCCUCGCCUGCUGCAGUGCACCAUGGGAGAUGUGCUGUCAGAGGAGCUCCAGCACUCCAGUGUGGACACCGUGUACAUGAGCAACACCUUCCUCACCUCACACCGGAAAUUGGGCGUGGCGGGACAGAAGCUGGGUGCAUCAGCGCUGCUGUGCUACAUCCAUCACGAGCCCUCAGACGCCGCCGGAUACUUCAGCCUCACCCUGGCCAACGUGGGCACGUGUCAGGCAGUGCUCUGCCGGGACGGCCAGCCCCUGCCCCUCUCCAAGGUGUUCAGCUUGGAGCAAAGUGCAGAGGAGACCGAGCGUGUCAAACGGUGCAAGGCCAUCAUCACUGAGGAUAACAAGGUGAGUGGGGUGACGUGGUCCUCCCGGCUCCUGGGCUGCUCCUACCUGUCACCCGGGGUCAUCCCCAAGCCCUGGGUCCGCACUGAGCCGCUGUGCACCCAGGAUGAGUUCCUGAUCCUGGGGAACAGGGCGCUGUUCGAGAGGGUGUCUUACCAGGAGGCUGUGUGCACAGUGCAGGCUGUGAGGGACCCCCGGGCCGCUGCCAAGAGGCUCUGCACCCUGGCCCAGAGCUACGGCUGCCGGGACAACGUGGGGGCGGUGGUGGUGUCCCUCCACAUUGGGGAGGACAGCUGCACCUGCGACCCGCCCCUCGCACCCCCCGAGGGGAGGGGGGCCCCAGCGCCGGCGCCCAUCCCCAUCUCUGUACCCCUGGGGGACCCAGCCACACCCUCCUCCAGCAGCGGCAUCGCCUCGGAGUUCAGCAGCGAGAUGUCCGCCUCGGAGGUGGGCAGCGAGGCCGGGUCGACGGCCUCGGACGAGAACCCCUCGUCAGGCCUGGCCUCCCGGCCAGAGAGGCGCUGCAGCCUCCACCCGGCCGUCACGCUGUGCGGGACUGGUCCCGGUGGCCCGGGGCCUGUGGGGACCCUCCCGGGCCUGUUCCAGCGCCAGCCGUCCUCCGCCACCUUCUCCAGCAACCAGUCGGACAACGGGCUGGACAGCGAUGACGAGGUGCCACUAGAGGGCGUCAUCUCCAACGGGAGCAAGCUGGAGGUGGAGGUGGACAUCCACUGCUGCGCCUUCCAGAUUCGCUCGGGGGCUCCCGAGGCCCCCGACGACCUCCGCCAUGACCACCGGGGCUCCGACCACCACUCCGGCGGGGGUGGCCUGGCCGCCAAAAUCCGCCGCCAGAACAGCGUGGUGGUGUCGGCCACCAACGGCUGCCUGCUGGCAGUGUGUGGGCGGGAGAUCUCAGACCUGAAGAAGUCCCCCUCCACCUCCAGCCUGUUCGGAAAAAAGCUCUCCAACGGCUCGGUGGUGGCGCUGGAAGACAGCCACAACCUCAUCGAGGUGGCGCUGGAGGCCCCCAAGAAGAAAUCAGGAUACUUCUCCGCCCCCGCCCAGCAGGACCCCGAGGACCAGCUGGUGGUGCCGGCGUGCCUGGAGCGGGAUGUGAGGGAACAGCUCCGGAGUCAAAACGCCGUCGUUCCCGGACCCCCGCCCCUUUCGACGCCCCCUGCCACCAGGGACCCCGACUGGGACCACCCCCACCCCCCACAGCUACCCCGACAGGAUCUCGCUGCCCCUGCGAGCCUUCAGCAGGAGGUCUACGACACUGCACUAUAGAUGGCAACGCAGCACAGCGCCACACGGUGGCGGCCCUGUGUACCCGCACUCACGGGUGGGAAAACGUUGCCAUACCAGAGUUGGCUCUCUCUCUGGCACCUGUGGGCUAUUCCAGUUCAGGUUUUUCGUUUUUUAAGUUGAGCUUUUUAGAAGCUUUUUCGGUAUCAGUGCGAGGCCCUAAUCGCUCGCUCACGACUGCGCUGUGGUCAGUUCUGGGGUCCCGACCUCAAUUUUGUGCAAUUGCCUGAGACUGCGUGGUUGAUCUGUCUGAAUAUCAGACUUGAUAGCCGAAGGUUGUGAGGAAGAGAACUGCUGUAACAAGGUGGGAAGAUAGCAUUGAAUGCAAAAGGCCAAAAUCACAGCCUGAACUGGGAUACCUUGUUUGGGUAACACUGCAAAGCCCAUUAGCAACAUUUCCCUUUACGUAUACAGCCACGUACUAUAUUUGGCUUUGAUCUUCAUGUGAUUUUUUUUUUUUUUCCUCCAUUGCACAAAACUCCGGUCCUGUGUCCUGUGCGACUAACAGGUAAAAAUGGAACAAAAAAAAAAAGUGCCUACCACAGAUCAGUCCCUAUGCUGGCGUUUUAGUGGGAAAGGGGGGGUAUUUAACCUGGGGAUGGUUAUCACUGUGUGACAGCGCCCCCAGGUGGCCAGGUUCCAUAUCUCUCUGACCUCUGAACCUGGUCAGCUGAUGGUUUUUGAGGCUUUUGAGACCGCUGGCGAGGCUGCGGGCCACGGAUGAUAUUGAUGAUAAUAUUAUUCUAAGGGAAUUCGGGACAGCAUUCUGCUCGGCUUCAGCAGGAAGAGACAGAAAGAGCUCCUCUACUGAGUUAGAAAGGAGAACGGAAAGUGUCAAUCACCCUACAGCUGCAGUGUAGGUUUUACCUAGAGGGUUUCCUCUACAGAAAGUAUAAUCAAAGGUAUUAAGGAAAUGUAGGCGCUGAUCCUUGAUCAGAAAAAGUACGCACUCUUUGUGUCGAACAGCGAGCAUGUAGCUUUGUGUCCCAUGCAUACAUGCUCUCUAUGACUUUGCCACAGUAUCUGUACAGCGUAGGACAGGAUAGCCAGAAACAGGCUGAAUGGGUGUAGCCAGCAGAGUAAGUGCCCCUCUCAAAGCCUGGCAGACUCCAUCCAAGGACACCCAUUCGUCACGAACCCUGCAGUGACCCUCUAGCGCCGCCGCGAGGUGGCAUUGUGUGCAUUCCAGAAUUUCCAGAACUUUCCACUGAAAACGGAUACCGCUGAGGCUUAUUUUGUGCAACCACACCACGCCUUAAGACCGGACGAAAGCUGGGAGAGGACUGAGGCACGCGCCCCUGUGUUUCUCCCACGGCGCUAAGUCGCUUUGCAGAAGCCCCGACACUGCGCUGACAGCAUUUAAGCGAGCAGUUUCAGCAGCUGAAACGAGAUGCAGGUGUCCAGCCCUCGUGGUGUGUAUUUUGUAUGUUGUGCCAGAGGUGAGCGGUGCCGAUCAGGCCAAGAAAGAUAAUGUACUAAACAUUCCCAUAGGAUCCCCUUCAGUAAACCCCUGAAGAGAGAGACAGAAGCUUAAACUUUGAUCUUGGUGCCUGACCACAUUAUGCAGGAUUUGACAGAAAAAGAUGACUAAGGGUUUGAAGUUUGAGUGCACUGUGUAUUUAAGACUUCACCAGUCUCUCUAUGGAAGUGGCAGAAUUUCUCUGCGUCUUAGGCUUAAUAUUGUUACUUCAGUCUUGUGCUUGGGCAUCUCUACCAGGAGAGCGUUACUCAUGCCGACAGUGUACUCUGACAAAGCUUGAGCCUGACACACUUUAUUGCAUAAGAGAAAAACUACAGAAUAGUACAAGGCUUAAUUAAUUUAUAUAAGUAUAUAACUUGGUAUAUUUUUGCAUACCAGUAGCCACGACACAUAUGUAUUUAUGAAUAUUUGUGAAAAAGUGUUUGUACGGUUCCGAACAGACCACUUUAAACAUGCUGUAUGCUCGUGUCAUGUAGGCAUGGCUGAUGUAUUUUCAGCAAGGAGAGGGGCAGGCAGGCUGUGCCUCAAACAAGGACAGUUGUAUCAGUAAUGCACUCCUGUUGUGGUCUGCACUGUAUAAGUCUAAUUGUUAUACAUAUCUGGUAUAAUGCAUCCAUAUGUUGCUCCACAGAAACAAGAAUUCCAAACUUACACUAUUUGCAUUUGUGACAGAAAAUUGAGGUUGAUGGGGACACCUGGUGGCCAUGGUUGUGAACUGCAGUAACUGGCCUUUCUUGGUCCUUGAGCCUCAAAUAUUUCCAUUCCAAGCAGUGUAGCUAGUGCACCUCUGUAUAUGUUAACCCCUCAAGGGAUACAGGAGGAAAUAGAAUAUACUCUAAAUGUCCUUACACCUCGGUUUCUCAGCUGCAGAGCAUAAACCUCUGGUUUUAAAUGUUAGAUAUUGGAUAUAACUUUGUCAGUGAAAAGGACAUCUAACCUAUACAUAUGGAUCUGUGAUGUGGGUUGCAGUAUUCCCUAGCCUUUUCCAACCCUGGUGGAUUAUCUUAGAGCGGGUUUUGCUCUUAUAUGUAAAAAGGCAGGGGUGCUGGUAUGUCUCUGGAUAUGACUAACUCACUGUGGGUUUUGACGUUGGGGUUAAAGCAGGUCUACGUAUGUGUAAACAUGUUUCAGACAGUGCAGUGAAUGUACUUUUAGCAGCAGUUGCUGUAUCUCACUUGAGUGACAUCACUUGGAGUUCCACCUGUAGGGUAAUGCCAGAAAACCCAGUCAUCAUUUUAUGAGUAGGUGGCUAAAGGAAGCAUUAAGAUUAAGUUGUGUAUUUACAUUCCUCUGUUGAGUAACCUGGCUUUCUGCAGUGGGGAUGUAGAGGAAGGUGGUGUGCGUAUGUAUAGACAGUGUGCCACAGAAUUCUCCUGUCACUUCAGUCUUUAUCACUGCCUGGCACUGGCAGUGCCCAGAUCUCUGUGCCAUUGGUUGUGUAUAUCCACUGUCCCAGUGUUAUUUAUGGAAUUUUCUGCCCUCUCUCGGAAUGCAGUGUCAUCCAAAGGAGUUCUGAAAAUAACUGAAGCCUUCUCUCAUGGGAACAGCCAAGUGGUUGGUGGCUCAGUAGUUUCAACCAACAGAACACUACUACAGAACAACUUCCCUUCCUUGCACUAAUACAGUAUCAGGUCGCAGUUAACACGAAACGGCCAGGAAAUGAUGUAGGGUGAAAGACUGCUGUUGAAUCAUUGAAUAUGAACCAGAGCAAAAGCUGCCCCAUUGUGCCAAAAGGAUAAGACUUCAUUGUCCGUUGUUAGUAGAAAUUUGCCUUACAUAGGUAUUUGCUCCACAAUUACGUAUUGACUUGUUUUUCAAGCACACACAUGCAUUCAAACUGUCCUUUAAAAGAACCCGUUUCUUUGAGCUGUGAUCCUGAAAGGAAGGCUCUUUUGGGGUUUAUUUCAUUUGUUUAAUUUUUUGAGGUGAACAGGAGAAGUGAGCGCAUGUCGCUAUUUUGCAACUAUUGUGGCCAUGACUGUGUUUUCUGACAGGAGUUUGUCAGACGCCGUCUGUGAAGCAGACAGUGGGGCUGCUGUGUGAAGCAACACACAGGCAAGGGUAUGUCACAGCUAAAGCAGACUGCUAGUCAUAAAGCCUUAAACCAGGGGUUCGCCCCCUAGUGGUG